AUGGUCGAUGCAACUGGUAGGUCAAGUCUUUCGCCAUUACAUAAAUGCACUGCUGUUAUUCGCAUGUUAGCUUAUGGAACAUCUGUUGAUAGUGUGGAUGACUAUUUGAGAAUUUGUGAAACCACGACACUAAAAUGUGUUGAUAAGUUUACAAGAGGAGUGAUCAGCAUCUUUGGGGCACAAUAUUUGCGAAGGCCCAAUGCUAAAUACAUUGAACGCCUAAUGCGAAUGGGGGAAGCACGAGGAUUUCCAAGCAUGUUAGGGAGCAUUGAUUGUAUGCAUUGGGAAUGGAAAAAUUGCCCAGUUGCAUUGAAAGGGCAAUAUGUUCGAGCCGGUUCAAACAACGAUAUUAAUGUGUUGAACCAAUCAAAUGUCUUCAACGAUGUUCUGCAAGGACGAGCUCCCAAGAUUCAUUAUACAAUCGAUCGUACUGGAUAUAACAAGGACUAUUAUCUAACAUAUGGUAUUUAUCAUGAAUGGACCACGUUUGUGAAAAGUAUCCCGAUGCCACAAGGUGAUAAGAGAAAAUUGUUUGCCCCACAUCAAGAAUGGGCAAGAAAAGAUAAUGAACGAGCAUUUGGAGUUCUUCAAUCCCAAUUUGCGAUCAUAUGUAACCCAACACGAUCUUGGCACUUAGACACACUCCGGCGCAUAAUGAAUACAUACAUCAUAUUACACAACAUGAUUGUUGAAGAUGAACGUGCCACAUAUGGUGAAAAUUUUGAUUUUUCUUAUGAUCAUUUGAACAAUGACCUAACAAUAUUGCCGAACGAUUCUAAUAUUGAUUUUCAAGAGUUUCUACGUAGAAGAUUUGAUGUUCGUGACAAACAAAUUCAUCGGCGACUUCAACAAGACUUGAUAGAACACAUAUGA